UCUAGUUGUGGUGGUCUUACCUGCCUGUGCUUAGUAGUAAACGCAUACUCAAGCAUUGCCGUCAUUUAGUUCUGGCUAAUUACAUCUCUUUUUGUGUCUUUAGCCAUAGAUGUUUUCAUCAACUUUAUUGAAGCGGGGAUAUACAUGACAACUUUAUCAAUUGUUAUGUAACUUCAGGCUCCGAGUAUCAAGUUACUCCAUAUGGAAGGAGGCAUAAACCAGACUUAAUUGCGGGCUGAGGCCAAUCAUAUGCUGUCUUACAAUUUGAUUAUGAUAAUCGGAGAGAGAGCUCAGCGUCUGCAAUAUAUUGAUAAUCAUAAUUGUGACAUGCGCACUAGGCCGGCACGUAUAAAUCAGAGGAGGUAGGAACUCGGAGAAGUUUAGAGUAUGACGGUCCGCUAGAGGAUUCCACGAUGUCCCGUCGAAAACAGACCAAACCUCGCCAUUUAGAGGCCGAGGCGGAAGAAGGGGUACUGGCUGGGCUAGGUGAUGGUGAAAUGUCUCCAGUGGUGGAAACUGAUGAUGCUCACGUCUGUGGGAUCUGCCGUGCACAAUUCUACGACCUGUCAGAUUUCCUGACUCACAAAAAGAACUGUAGCUCCAAACGAAUCGUCGUUAUCGCAGACGGCGAGGAUAAAAAUCAAAAAGACUCAGAUGAAGCAAAUAUCAUGAAACAGAAUGACAACAGCCAGAUUUUGGCACCCUCUAGCACCAGCAGUGUAAUUUCUGAAGAUGACAAAAUGGAGCUGGAGAUGAACGCAGCUGCCAUGUCAGAAGACCCAGAAUCAAAACUAAACCAAAAUCAAAAUGACAACGAUGACUUGUUGGAUGAGGAAUUUGAUCAAGACGCAGAAGAUGAAUUUUCAAAGAUGGACGACAGCAUGGAAGAAGAUGAUGUGGAUGAGUUAUCAAAUAUGGGAAUCAAAAUGUCUGACCUGGACGAACAAGAUGUCAUCUCCAGCAGAUUUCUACCUCAGUACGGAUGGCCUCCCAUCACACAACCCUCCCUGACCUCGUUGUUGCCUAGCAACAAUGUGAAGCUGGAACCCCUCGAAGGAACCAAAGCUGCAGUUUCACAGUUUGUUGAGAACAAUGCUAAUCCCUCAGAUCUUCUGUUUCUCCAUGCUACCUUGAGUUCUCUGCAACAACAGCAAUUGAUACAGUUGACUCUGAUCCAACAAUUACAACAUCAGAUCAUGACGGGAAUACCUGCCAAGUCAGAUGGGCAGACGUCGCCCUCACAGUCUGCCAUGGCUGCCCUGACAGCUAGUGCCCUCAACCCAAAUAUUAGUCCUAGCUACGCCCUGCCACCCACCUCUGUGGCAACACCCAGUGGUGCCUCGUUGCCGCAAGGUGCCUCAUCGGUACCACUGAUUAAUGGCACCACCAUAGUGACCACCCAAGAGAAGGAGUCAUCUUCGAGCUCGUCGGCCAUGAGCAACAUAAUAUCUUCACUGUCUAACCCAUUCCUUGCCAAGAACGAACCCCAGACUGUGUCUACGACAGUGUCGCCAAUUACUUCACCGUUUAUUAGAGAGCUUACAAACUUGCGAAAAGGUAAACCACCAAAUGUCACCGUGGGCAUGGAAAGGUCUCACUACGCAAGCGACGACCCAUUUUUCAAACACAAGUGUCGUUUUUGUCACAAAGUUUUCGGCAGUGACAGCGCUCUGCAGAUACACGUGCGCUCACACACAGGGGAGCGUCCAUUCAAGUGUAAUGUGUGUGGCAACAGGUUUUCUACCAAGGGCAACCUGAAGGUUCACUUCUCCCGCCACAAGGCCAGGUACCCACACAUAAAGAUGAAUCCACACCCUGUUCCAGAAUAUCUUGACCGAGAGCCGAGUAAGCCAAGAGGCAUGCUGCUGCCCUCUACACUUACCUCAGUGUCUGCGCCACCACAUUUGUUGUCUCAACACAGCAGUAGUGACGAUGGGACACCGCUGCCACCUACUUCAGUGCCACUUCAGGCUUCAGCAUCGAUGUCGACCCAGGCAUCGGCACCCUCAGCACCUCCCUCAACUUCUGCUGAGCCUCCUCCUGAAAGUCCCACACCAUCGGAGCAAAAAUCACAGGAUACUGCGGCAGUUGUGGCACCUCCGGCGAAAGAAGAAGCCACCGUACCUCCAAUGUCAACUGCCAUAUCAACCACUGAUGCCGAAGUUCCAGCGCCAUCUGGGCCCCCUGCUGUGAAGUGUAACACAAGCCCAUUGGUCAGUCCCAUACCGGCCACGCUGCCCCCAUUUCCACUGCCAGAUGAAACCGGAUCCAAGUUUCACUCCAGUGGUGGUUCCCCCGACAAAGACCCUGUGGAAUCCAUGGAAGAAUUCAUGGAGAUCACACCAUCUGAGACGUCAAAACUACAGCGUCUGGUGGACAGCCUGGAUAGGAAGGUGACUGACCCCAAUCAAUGUGCCAUUUGUAACCGAGUGCUGAGCUGUAAGAGUGCUUUACAGAUGCACUAUCGGAUCCACACCGGGGAGCGGCCGUUCAAGUGUAAGAUCUGUGGCCGUGCAUUCACAACCAAGGGGAACCUGAAGACCCACAUGGGUGUUCACCGUGUUAAGUCUCCCAUGAGGUUGAUGCACCAGUGCCCUGUGUGCCACAAGCAGUUUACCAAUGUCUUGGUGCUACAACAGCAUAUUCGCAUGCAUACUGCAGGUAUCUCCACCUCCAUGCCGCAUUACCCUCCACCCUUCCGCCGUGAGGACUCGCUGCCAUAUCGCCCCUUGUCUGCCAUACCAAUGUCUCACCUGCCGGAGCAGGGGUUGGACCUCAGGAAGGAUAUCAAUUCACCUGAGAAAAAAGAAAUCAGUGCAGCAGACAGGCGACUUGAAAAUGAUGAGCUCCAUGAAGCCAUGGACACAGAUUCCCAUCAUUUGAAUGGCAACACAGAACCUAGAGAAGAUGCUGGGGAUAUGGAUUCUGAUGCUGAAGAGAGAUCUGGCACCCCUGAGAAGCUCUCCCAAAACAGAACAUCCCAUGUGUCUGCCAGCUCGGGCAGUCCCCUUGCCUCGCCCUCUGGGUCAACCAAUAGUGGGGAGAUUCGCUACAACCUCACCCCCUUAGAGGAGAUGCAAAAGGCGUACAGUGCGUAUGCUGCAGCCCAGUUUGGUGGCCAUUCACCCUGGUCACUGGGCAUGCCGUAUAGCACCUCUUCCAUGAUGAGUCCUCCCUCGGUCAUCACCAGCCCCUACGGCUCCUACUCCAUGUCCCUGGCUGCCUUGGAAGAGAGAGUCAAUGCCAUUGAUAACAAAAUACCCAGGCCACCAGGGGGAGACACAGGCAAAAAAGAAGUCACACCCACUGAGGAGGAGAAUCUUGACCACCACCAGCCACAGCAGCAGCAACAUCCCCUGAGAGAUCACAUCACAUCUGCCCUGCAGAGAGAAAAAGAUUAUAAAUACAACAACGAUGAAGAGGAAAACCCUUCUGCCACGGACUCCGUGCGUCAGUUAGAACGGAUGACACAGGAGAUGGAGAAAAGAAAUGAAAGUCAGUCUCCAAGUCCCAAACCUCCAGGCCCAAAUGGGGAGAUGUCGUCACCAGAGAGACCUGCAUUCACUGAUUCUGAUGCAGACAGAAGUAGGAGUCCACCCAUGGUUAAAGUUGGCCAUACCUCCCACAGAUCCCAGUCCCCGGCCGGCAGUGCCUGCUCUGUGGACAGUGCUGGGGAUCUCUCCAAUGCCUCCUCACAGGGUGGCCUCCCCUUUGAUAAUGCCAGCACCACCUGUAACAUCUGCUACAAGACCUUUGCUUGUCGCAGCGCUUUAGGGAUUCACUACAGAAGCCAUACCAAAGAGAGACCCUUCAAGUGUGAGGCCUGCGACAAGAGGUUUUCUACCAAGGGGAACAUGAGACAACACAUGCUGACCCAUAAUGUAUGUGACCUUUCAUCCAAAGCACUUGCCAAUAACAACAAUAUGGAGGAGCACGGUGUUGAAGUGACCAAAAAAGAGGGACACUUUUUUGCUCCAAGUAAAGAAGAAAAUAAACCAAGAACAGAGGAGGCCAUCAAGACACACCAUCACACGUCGGCAGAGAGUCGACCGCCUGAGUCCUCCAGACCACGUCAGUUGAACAAGCACCAAUGUUCGGUGUGCUACAAACAGUUCUCCAGCGCCAGUGCUCUUCAGAUCCACUUUCGCACCCAUACUGGAGACAAGCCUUUCAAGUGUACUGUCUGUGGCAAGGCUUUCACGACAAAAGGGAACCUCAAGGUUCACAUGGGGACACACAUGUGGAACAACAGCCCAUCUAGAAGAGGACGGCGCAUGUCUGUAGAGAACCCAUUGGCUCUGAGUAUGAAUCACAAGGAGGCAGAGUACUUGGGGAGCUUUUCGCAUCGAUCGCCUAACGAUAUUUACUUUCAGUAUCCACCCUUCAUGAAUGGCCUGGCUUCUAAAAUGAAUGAGAUCUCUGUUAUACAAGGUCUCAAUGGUAGUUUUGGUCCCCUCCCAAACCCCAUGCUGAUGAAUGGCUACCUGCCGACCAGCUCAACAGCAGAGGCCUACAUGAAAGCUAAUGCCUACUUUCCCAUCACCACCACUGCCUCUGUGGAACACCGUGACAGGUCCGUUUCUCCAGCGGCCUCUCCGCCAUCACCUUCAAAAUCAGUAAACAGCGAGAAUGAGUCAAGAAAAUCUUCCCCCGUUUCCCCUACCCCUGAUCGAUCACUAGACUCGCCUCGGAGUCAAACCUGGGUUUGGAAGACGACCUGCCACAUCUGUAGUAAGAUGUGCUCAUCGCCAGGAGCUCUAGAACUUCACCUCAAGUCCCACUACGCCAGCUCCGCGGAGUCACCAAAGCCUAUCGCAGCUUCUUAGGUAAAGCAGCGUUGAUUAUGUUUAUGUUGUGGACCAUAUUAUAUUAUAUUAUAAGACAUACUUAUGGCAAGGUAAUGUAUAGACAACGGGAGAAUUUAAUGUUUGGACAACAAGAGAAUUGAAGUCUGUAUUAUGACCAUAAAGAAUGUUCUUUCUUUAUAUUUAAUUUGUUUGUAUAAAGGUGUAUUAUCUAUAAUCCAAUAUUCAACUUGUUAAUUAUUAUUUACCAAAUCAAACAGUAUUUGAUUGUGAAUUUUGGCGUAAUCUUGAUACUUACUAACAUUUAUUAUAGUUAUUAGUAUUAUUGUUGAUAGUUACUUUAAUGGCUUUGUAUGACUGAGGAAUUUGAGAAUCACUAAGUUCCCAUAUUUUUUCUUUGUAAUCUUUCGUUACCUAAGACACACAACUAAAACGUUGUAUGACAGCUGUUUUUUGAUUGGUGUUUGUAUCCAGCCUUCAACUGACCCCGCCAUCUUAAAAAGGAAAGAGAAGAAAAAAAAUUCAAACCAUAUUAUUUGAACAUUGCCAGAAGUUAUCAAAAUGCCAUGGGAUCUCCAUUCAGAUAUUUCGCUUUUGGAAAGUUAAAUUAAUUUCUAUUCCUCCCAAGUUAUUUUCACAUAAACCUGAAAAGAAUUUGAUAAGAUCAUACUGUACUACUUAACGCCUGUGUUUAUAAUCAGCAUGACUGAAUGCAUUUAUCACAUGAAUAUUUGCAUUUACACUACUUUAUCAUCCGAUCACUUAUUCCAUAGAUCUUAUACACAAGACAGAAAAAGAACUGCAGUAUAACUGUGCCAAAGUUUGUACAUUAAUGCUUUUUUUUUUUUUUUUUUGCUGAAAUUAAUUUUCCUCUGCAUAAAGCAGAUGUCUGAGUGAAGCUUCCAAGGCAGAAGUUGGAAUUUUGCUCACAAAUUAGAAAGACAUUCCAGAAGACAUCAGUAACUAAGUCUAAAAUGCCAUCGUAGGAGUGACUUGAAUGUUAAAGCUUUCAAUGAACGCGUUUUGAAUACAGCUAAGUUGACAGCAUUGAGACUACAUACCUUUUAAAAAAGCUUUUGUUAACAAAGUGGAGAUAUGUUCUCAGAGAUACCACGUAUAUAUAUCCUUAAAAAUAUAUAUUUGGGGUGUAUGUUCUCUUGCUAAAAAGAUUGGCAGGCCACGCUUCCUAGGAUGAAAACGGUUCAUUUGGCAUGAAAGAAGAAGAAAGCUACCACAUUAAGUGUGCCAGCAGUUUUCAGAAAUUUCCAAAAUUGAUGUUGGCAUCUAUGUUUUUGUGAUCACUAUGUACACAGGAAAUGACCGAUGAUGUUGGAUCAUAUGACCAAUUUGUCCGAAUUUGAUAGUUUGCUUAUGACUUUUUACAGAAAGCUCUCUUUGUGAUACAGAAUUUCAGAUAUUUUUAGUUUGCUGUUGUCUGCACUUCCUCAAGUAGUAGUUGUCUUAAAUUUAAUCUUUGUGGAACAAGAGCUAUAUAUGUGACUGAGGGUGAGAUGAGGGGUGGAUACACAGUCCAUUUUAUUCUUGUUUUAAUAGUUUUUUAAUGAUAUAUAUUUGUACUAUUUUAAUCUUGUUUGAAUUAAGUUAAAAUA